AUGAACGCUUUAGAGUUCUCGCAUCGUGGGAGGCCCAAGAUAAAUGGGCCGUGGGACGUCCAUUACCCCAACGGUCCUCUGCAGGAUAUAAACUGCAGUGGGCAGAAUUACAACAACAGGCACGCGACGAUGCCGUUGACCACGAGUAUGCGCGCAAAGCGCAAGAGAACAGAUGGUCGUAAUGCAAAACAAAUAACCCCGCGACGAGGGAAGAAGAAGAAACAGCAAAACACCAUCACCAAGAAUAACAACAACAACAACAACAAAAAGAAGAUUGACCACCAUAAAACAGCGCAGCCUUGUUAA